GGAGGCUGUAGUGUCUCUUUUAAAGUGGAGCCGGGAUGGCUGCGGAGCGCGCGGCUGCUUCGGGGAGGACGGUGGCCGCGAACUUGCCCUGGGUAGAAAAAUACCGACCUCAGACGCUGGGUGAUCUGAUUUCUCAUCAGGAUAUUCUGAGUACCAUUCAGAAGUUCAUUAGUGAAGAUCGAUUGCCUCAUCUUCUCCUCUAUGGACCUCCAGGGACUGGCAAGACCUCCACCAUUUUGGCCUGCGCGAAACAGCUUUACAAAGAGAAGGAGUUUGGGUCGAUGGUUCUAGAGUUGAAUGCUUCAGACGACCGGGGCAUUGAUAUUGUCAGAGGGCCUAUCCUGAACUUUGCCAGUACGAGGACAAUAUUUAAGAAGGGCUUUAAGCUGGUGAUUUUGGAUGAAGCCGAUGCCAUGACACAGGAUGCCCAGAAUGCCCUCCGUCGUGUGAUUGAAAAAUUCACAGAGAACACCCGAUUUUGCCUGAUCUGCAACUACCUCUCCAAGGUCAUCCCAGCUUUGCAGUCUAGGUGCACCCGAUUCCGCUUCGGGCCUCUGACACCAGAGCUUAUGGUUCCCCGCCUGCAGCAUGUUGUAGAGGAGGAAAAAGUUGACAUAAGCGAAGAUGGGAUGAAGGCUCUGGUGACGCUGUCUAACGGCGAUAUGCGCAGGGCUCUGAACAUCUUACAGAGUACUAACAUGGCCUUUGGGAAGGUGACGGAGGAGACCGUCUACACCUGCACAGGGCAGCCACUCAAGUCUGACAUUGCCAACAUCUUGGACUGGAUGCUGAACCAAGAUUUCACCACUGCCUAUCGCAACAUCAUGGAACUGAAAACCCUGAAGGGCCUGGCUCUUCAUGACAUCCUGACGGAGAUCCAUUUGUUCGUCCACCGAGUUGACUUUCCAUCAUCUAUACGAAUCCAGUUAUUGAUCAAGAUGGCAGAUAUUGAGCAUCGUCUGGCUGCAGGAACAAGCGAGAAGAUCCAGCUGGGAGCCCUCGUUGCUGCCUUCCAAGUCACCAGAGAUCUGAUUGUUGCCGAGGCCUAGGCCCGCAGCAGUUUCUCCAGCAGCUCAUUGCCGGUCUCAAGGGGUGCCCUUUUCUUUGCAGAAAGCAGACUAGAUUCUUGCUUGGCUCUUCUCCACUCAUCUCCUAUUGUGCUCACUGGAGCCAGAGAUUUUAGUGGUGCUUGAAGAUGACAAUUCGAACCCGUGAACAUUUUGCUUCCCACGUACCUCACACAGGAUUCAGUUCACAUCCUGUUUCAUGAGGCCUUAAUUGUCUGGGCUUGGGCCAGCUUCCAGCGAUAACCAUCACUGUUUGUCCUCUCAGUUUUACAUUUGGUCUCGAAGGUGUAGACAGAAGCCAAAUCGUACUCUUAGCAAGAGACUUUUUUUUGAAACUAUGUUGGGAAGGUGUGUGUAUAUACACCCGCUGCUCUAUAGCAUUGAGGCCCAUUGGUUAAGCUUUAGGACUUUAAUCGAAGGAUUGCUCUAAACAGUGGCAGUUUCAGUAGCGCCUAUUAAAGCUCAACUAAUGGAAAGGCAGUAAUUGGCUUCUUUUUGUCAAGUUGGGUACUCCCUGCCUCUGAGGCCUGCAGAAUGAGGCAGCACAAUGGACUACUGCUUUAGGCAGCAGAGGGCUUCCCAAUAUUAGUGAAUCCCUGCCUGUAGAUAACUAGCACCACAGGAGAAGGGCAAAGUUGGAAACUUUCGUUUGAUGUGCUUGUUUUCUGCUUGCAGGGAGGCUGUAUGUGAACAUUAAAAGUGCGGUGCAUUUGCUUGAAGUGAUGCAGCUUAUUCACCCUUGGGCUACAUCUAUGGAUACGGAGCAGCUAUAAGUUUUCUAGCUCUGUAAGCAACUUGGGUUGAUUCUCUCUUAGAGGAAUGUAAGAGAAGGGAGUAAUCAGAGCCAACCCACUGAGAUUAUGUGCACUAAUAAGUGCCUUUAUUACUUGCUUGAGAAACAGAGAGGUGAUAAGGGUAAUCCUUGAGGGGUGGAGGUGGAAAGCUGCCUGAUCAACACUCCUGGACAGCCUUUUGCUGUUGCAGAUAAAAUGAAGCUUAUUCUAGCCACAGCAGGUAGGCUGUCAGAAUAAACCAGCCUACUGCCUCUGACAAUUUAAGCUUUCCUUAAAGGCAGAAGCCAGAAUGUUACGUUUCUUAUCUUCUGUGUAGGAACCAUAAGCUGCAUAGAUUGGAAACUGUCCCUUUCUACCGAUGGUAGAGCUUGUUACCCUGAGAUGUUUGUGAAGGCAAAAGGCACAAAUGUAAUACAGAGGGAACAACAGCUUGGCUGAGAUUACAGCUGCUUAUUGCCAAGGCAGCUAGGUGAGUUAACCUACAACAUGGGAGAGUUACUGGGCUACUACGAUUCUCGGAGCAUGAACAAGCCCCCACACUGCCCAGCGGACUGUUACAGAAUAAAAGUGCUUUACAAUGA